AGAAACUGGCCGUAGCAAAGGGAGUUGUCCAAAAAGACUGAUAGCUCAAUCUAAUUUCACUCGGUCUUAUUUUACGCCUCUUAAACCAAUAGUUCCUCCCGAUUCAGAUGGUGAGGAAAAUGAUGGGGAUGGUUAUGAUGAGGAAAAUAAUAG